AUGCCUCGAGGGGUCAACAAGGCCAAAGGUGGGGAGCGUGAGACCACGGCUCUGGACACCUUGGAGAAGGAGCUGAUAGCCCGGGAGCAGUACUGGCGGUGCCAGGAGCAGGAAGAGCUGCAUCUAGCCGAACGCCUGGGGCAGCUGAGUGUCGAGCUGCUCUCCGUUUCUGGCAAAGACGCCCGGAGGCAGCUGGGGGCUGCUGAGGAGGCCCGGGCAGUGCUGGAGGCCAGGCGCCUGCAGGAGACUGAGAGGCGAGCCAGGGCCCUGAGCACCCAGCGUGGGCCCGAGCGGAGCCUGCUCUCUCAAGCAGACAGAGAGGAGUGGGAGCAGGAGGCACAGAUGAUGCUAGGCGUGCAGAAAGUUCUGCGGACUUUAGCACAGACAGCAGAGAAGCUCAGGCAGGCGGGCGGCCGGCUGCGGGGCCAGGAGCAGGAGACGUGGCUGCAGCAGCAUAGUAGUCCGAGCCCGCACGUCUGGAACCGUCCCUGGAAGGUGGCUGAGCGUCUCUCUGAGGAGUGUCGGGAGGUGGUAAGGCACAGACAGAACUUUCUGGAUAGGGCCCUAGGCCUCCUGCAGUACCAGCGGGAGCUGAGCCGCCUCCACCUCUUCCACACCCAGAUCAUUGCGUCAGGCUCCCCUGCAUGUUUGGAGAAUUACCCUGGAGACAGAUUCUAUGGAAAGAUCACCCCUUCUCUCAGGGACCCGGCUGCUGCUUGCCCGCUCCUGAUCCCCUUCCUGAAGAGCGUCACUGAGGUGCUACAGGGAGCUCAAGGCCGUGGCCCAGGCCUGGGGGACCAGGGGCCUGCAACAGAUGCAGAUAAAGCUGACAUCAUGUGGACCUCACCACUCCUUUCUACCCUGGAGAAAGUAGACAUCUGGUCCCAAGCCCGCAAGGAGGAAGCUGAACUACAGGGACAGAUGCAUCACCAGCUAGCCCCCAAAAGCUCUUUGCAGGAUGUCCCAAAACCUCAGAUAAUGCAGAAGGAAGAGCUUAUCAUUGUGCAACCCACAGAUCUUUCUGCCAGGGAGUUUGUGGUUUACCAGUAUGGCCUCUCUGUCCUGCACCUCCUCAUCCCCCAGCUGCAUGCUCCUGAAAUCACCCUGCAGAUUGCCUCUCAUCUUCCAGCAAUGGAUGCCUCAGAGAAUGCCUUCCAAGGCUCCUUCUUCUAUCAGAGCAUUGGAAACACACUGUUUAUUGGGAGAGAGUCUUUGGCGUCUGUGGGAAGUUUCAUUCUGCUGCUGAUCCAUUGCUUGGCCCACGUCGUCGCCAAGGACUUCCGCCAGGACACAAACCCUGCCUUUCUGAGGUCAUUUUACAAGGGCCUGCGGGCUUAUUUCGGGGAAGCAUUCUCUACCGCUCUGCGAAUGUCCGCUGUCUCCUGGGACAGUAAGCUUGACCAAAGCAUGAGUGCUGCUCUGUUAGAUGAGCAGCCCGUCUCUGAAGGAGGAAGAGAUCUGCUCUCUACGCUCCUUGAAAGGAAGUGUGAGUCUCACUUGGAGCCAGAGUCAUCAGAAGAGUAUAUUAAGAGAAACAUGGAUCUUCUCCUCUUCACCAAUAUGGAACAUUUUCUAAAAUCCCUCCUCACUGCAGAACAACCGAUCCCAAGAAAACCAAGAGAACAGUGUGGAGACGAAGAGAAGAGUGGUGACCUUGCAUGCCAAGAUCCAGAUCAGCAACUAGCACCGGGAGAAAUAACUGAACACUGACUUCAGCCUGGGCCCCAGUCCACUUUAUGUAAUGUUAUCACCCAUGUCUGGGCUGGAAACUACCUUUAAAACUUUAUUAAAAUACAACACAGCUUUUAAAAGCGCACAUAUCAUAAAUGCACUCCCCACAAGUCAUCUAAAGUGAACGUUUCCAUGUAAGCCACAUCAAGAAAGACAACGUCACCCGCUUCCCGGACGCCCCCCACGUCCCGCCCCUCAGUCGUCAGCCUCCCGGGAAUAACCACUGACCUGACUUCAGACAUCAUGAGCUGUUUCUGAAUAUUCACAAACUCUACAUGAAUAGAAUCACAAAUAUUGGAUUACUUUUUUUUUUUUUUUGCUUUUGCUCAGCAUCGUUUGUGAGGUGUGCCCAGAUUGUCGCAUGUAGUUGUGAUUUGCUGAUGGUCUUUGCUAUAAAUCAUUCCAUUGUGUGGAAAUAUCCACAUGCAGUCUUUCACUACUGAUGUGCUUGUGGGUAUUUUCCAGUUUGGGGUUCUUACGAGUAGCCUUGUGCACCUUUUGGUCACUGUAUGUGACUGCACCCAACAGGCAUUACCUAGAACUGGAAAUUCUGGAUCUUAAGGGCUGGACAUUUCCCUCCUUAGCAGAUAGUACCAACGGGACUUCCAAAGUGGUUUAUGCAUAUGGACUGCCGCCAGAAGUGGGUAAGAGUUCUCUGGUCACUCUCUGCUUUUAUCAGCACUUAGUAUGUUCCAUCUUUUUUAUUUUGUGCACUCUUCUGGGUACAUGAUUUUAACUUACACUUUCCUGAUGGCCCUGAAACUGGACACCAUCCAUACGUUUGUACACCAUUUCAGUGUCUUCUCUUGAGAAAUGCCAGUCAAGUGUUUAGCCCAUUUUCCACUGGAUUCCCUAUUUAAUUGCCUUGUAGGAAUUCUUUAUUCUGCAACUAUUUUUCCUCAUUUUCAGAUUUUUUUUCAUGAACAUAACUACAGGUAAUAUUAUCUACAGGUAAUAUUUCUUUUUCUGCUUUAUUUUUUGAUCUAGAAAGAAAAUGGUGAUCGUAUUUCAGUCUGUAUGUUUAAAAGAUGUUAAAUGUGGAAAUAUGAUACCUAAUAAGGUUAAUAAGAGAAUUUUAAAAAUUCUGUAACAUUGAUGUGCCCAUCACAUAAAUGUAUACUCUAACCUCGGGUGCGUAUAUAACAUAACAGACGUUAAUAUUUGGCGCAGAGGGUAACAUGCAUUCAAUGGGACUAAAAGAUGAUUAGACCACUCAUUUUAUUAAAACAUUCAUUAUUUAGAGAUAUUGACUAAACCUCUUUCUAGAAAUGCAAAUCUGUAUACACUGUCCUUUAUCAGGCUGAUUAACUUAUCUGAAAUUGUCUGCCACUGAGUCACACAAAGUAGUUGGAUGUUUUUACACAAUAUUUGGUGAUCUGGAAUGAGACUUUAGAGAUGUGGCCGUAAGACACAGGCCGUGGGGCCUUCACAGAAUUCACUGUAGAAGCUCUGGUUGGAACAUCUCUGACAGAUACACAGCCGUCUGAAACAAGUUUGAGUGCUGGUCAGGAGAGACAAAACCGCCCCAUGCAUUCAGUGGAAGCCAAAACAUUUUUCUUCAAAUACAAACUUCAAAUCAGAAGCCAGCUCAAGUGACAAACCCAAGGCCAGCAAGUUAAGCUGCUUCUUAUAUGGAGAAUUUUCUGUACUAUACCCCAAAAUGAGUAACAGAAGGGAUUUUUCUUUGUUACAUAAAGAUUUCCAUUGAGUCUUUCGAGCAAAGCAACAAAGACAGGCGAGGCAAGGAAACCUGACAAAUGCUACGUGUAUGGGUGAUGAAUGACAACUAGUUAGGGAAUUCUGUAUCCCCCUCACAUGCAGAAGUUUCAGCUCCAGACAUAUUUGGUCAUAAUGAUGAAGUGUCCAUACUCGACUGAGGAUUCCACUUGAAAUCUAACCAAAAUACUGAUGCUCAAUUACAUUAGGGAAGUUAAAUUAUAACUAAAAACACUGGAUGACUGUGAAGAUUAAAAGAUUUACAAUUCAGGUUUAACAACGAGCUUUAAAUCCAGUCAUGAGGAGAUCGUCUCAGAUUUGGUUCACUACACCUGGCAUCUUAUGCAGGAACUCGGUCCUCAUUUCUUUGCUGCUAAAGGUUGAUCUUCCCUUUGUUUUAAUCACUCAGUUUAUUUUUUAAAAGACUUUAUUUAUUUAUUCGACAGAGAGAGAAAGAGAGCACAAGUAGGCAGAGAGGCAGCCAGCGAAGGCAGGGGAAGCAGGCUCCCUACCUAGCAGAGAGCCAGGUGUGGGGCUCGAUCACAGGACCCUAAGAUCAUGACCUGAGCCAAAGGCAGAGGCUUAACCCACUGAGUCACCCAAGCAUCCCUUAAUCACUCCGUUUAAGAUAUUAGCCAUCAGGCAAAAUAAAUACCAAAUU